AUGAACAACAAACCCACACCACGCAUCAAUUCCAAGCUUCGUGAGAAAUACGUUGGCACAACUGUACGCAUUUCAGGCAAAGUCGUUUCGUUUGCCGGUGACACAGCCGUUAUUGAAGCAACGGACCAUGGCCAAGUCCUUGUCAAGCUCAAUGGAGAAUCACAAUGGGGCACGGACUAUGUUGAAGUGAUUGGCAAGAUAGAACGAGAUUUCAGCUUGACCGAGUUUACGUCGACCAAUUUGGGUAACGACUUUGAUCUUGACUUGGCAAACAAGGUUGUAGAAUACAGUCAAAAGUACCCCGAAAUGUUUGAAUAA